AUGUUUUUGUUGGUGGUGGGUUUUUUAGCCCAGCUCUUCUUCUUCCACUUCUUCUUCCACUUCCUGGGCUGCACCGAGUGCUUCCUCUACACGGUCAUGGCCUACGACCGCUUCCUGGCCAUCUGCAAGCCACUGCGCUACAGCGUCAUUAUGGACCGCAGAGCCUGCCUGUGCCUGGCAGCGGGGACCUGGCUAGGGGGCUCCCUGCACUCGCUGAUAGAGACUGCAUUCACCUUCCGCCUGCCCUAUGGCCGGGACACCCAGGUAGGCUACAUCUUCUGUGAUAUCCCGGCUGUGCUGAAGCUGGCCUGCGGGGACACGGCCCUCAACGAGCUGGUGACAUUCAUCGACAUGGGAUUCGUGGCCAUGGCCUGCUUCCUGCUGAUCCUGAUGUCCUAUGUCUACAUCGUCUCAUCCAUCCUGAGGAUCCGCUCCGCCGAGGGCAGGCGUCGGGCCUUCUCCACCUGCGUGGCACAUAUCACCAUGGUGGUGACUUACUACGUUCCCCUGGUCUUCAUCUACCUGAGGCCGGGGUCCCAUCACCCUGUGGACAGGGUGGUGGGUGUAUUCUACAGCACGGUGACCCCUCUCCUCAACCCCCUCAUCUUCACACUGAGGAACAAGGAGAUGAAAGAAGCCCUGAUGAGGCUGGGGGGCAGGAAACUGCCAGGGCCUGAGACAUGA